CGAGCUUUUGGAAAGUUAUUUGUAUAUUCAACUUGUAUAAACAACUAAAUAACACCAACAUGUCUGACGGAGAAGAAGAUCAAACAGCAAUUGUCUGCGAUAACGGAUCCGGUUUGGUAAAAUCUGGGUUUGCUGGAGAUGACGCUCCUAGAGCUGUGUUUCCUUCCAUUGUCGGAAGACCAAGACACCAAGGCGUUAUGGUAGGAAUGGGACAAAAAGACAGCUAUGUUGGAGACGAAGCACAAAGCAAGAGAGGUAUUCUUACACUCAAGUAUCCAAUUGAGCACGGAAUCAUAACCAAUUGGGAUGAUAUGGAAAAAAUCUGGCAUCACACUAUGUACAACGAACUUCGUGUAGCUCCCGAAGAACAUCCAACUCUUCUCACUGAAGCUCCUCUCAACCCUAAAGCCAACCGUGAAAAGAUGACACAAAUUAUGUUUGAAACAUUCAAUGUACCAGCAAUGUACGUUGCAAUUCAAGCUGUUCUUUCACUUUAUGCUUCAGGAAGAACCACAGGUAUUGUUAUGGACGCUGGAGAUGGUGUUUCUCACAACGUACCAAUCUACGAAGGCUACGCUCUUCCACACGCCAUCGCUCGUCUCGAUUUGGCUGGUAGGGAUCUCACUGAUUAUUUGAUGAAAAUCCUCACCGAAAGAGGAUAUUCUUUUGUUACAACUGCUGAGCGUGAAAUCGUCCGUGAUAUCAAAGAAAAAUUGUGCUAUGUUGCACUCGACUUCGAACAAGAAAUGGCAACUGCUGCUUCAUCCACUUCACUUGAAAAAAGCUACGAACUUCCAGAUGGGCAAGUCAUUACUAUCGGUAACGAGAGAUUCCGAUGCCCUGAGACUCUCUUCCAGCCAUCAUUUAUAGGUAUGGAAUCAGCUGGCAUCCACGAAACCACCUACAACUCCAUUAUGAAAUGUGACAUCGAUAUUCGAAAGGACUUGUACGCAAAUAACGUUCUCUCUGGUGGAACCACAAUGUAUCCAGGUAUUGCAGAUCGUAUGCAAAAAGAAAUCACUGCUCUCGCACCAAGCACAAUGAAAAUCAAGAUCAUCGCUCCUCCUGAAAGAAAAUAUUCUGUCUGGAUCGGAGGAUCAAUCCUCGCUUCUCUCUCUACUUUCCAACAGAUGUGGAUUUCAAAACAAGAAUACGACGAAGCUGGUCCGUCCAUCGUCCAUCGAAAAUGCUUUUAGGGUAUAAACCGCUAACCUGGACUGUGUUAUUUAUUUUUGAUUAAUAAAUAUGAGCUGAUUAAAAUAUUUGUCAAUUCA